GCUGAAGAGAACUAUUUGAAUACUCAAGUUAAUCAAGCCAGAGAUAUUUUAACAAUUCUUUUAAUUUAGAAUGUCAUAGUUCUGCGAAUUUGACUUCCGUGAAAUAAGAGCUAAGAGCAAGACUUCUGUAAAGUCUUGACUUCAGGCUUCUAUUGAAGCUAUACUUAACUAUCAAAUUGUUUAAAGUUGACACUACAAACACAGCCAUGAGUGUAUUCAGUAUUUCGUGUUGGAUUUUGUUUUCAGGAAUCACGCUCUUGAGCCUAACUUCCAAGACAUCAGGUUGUAGCCCUGGAAAAUACGGUGAAUACUGUAACAAGACGUGUGAAUCUUUUUGUGUCCAAAGUUUAUGUGAUUCAAAGACCGGACACUGUCUUGCUUGUAAUCCUGGCUAUAAGGGUUCCACCUGUACACAAGCUUGCGGUAUGUCAACAUACGGCGUCAAUUGUUCUCAAACAUGUUCAGAUAAAUGUAUCAAUAAAGCUUGUUUCCAUGUCAACGGAGACUGCAAUUAUUGCAUAGCAGGUUAUCAAGGCAAACACUGUGAUACAGUCUGUAACAAAGGAACCUAUGGUCAGAACUGUACAAAGUUGUGUCCAUCCACGUGUCCGGACAAAAACUGUCAACCAACAAAUGGACAAUGUCUCUUUUGUCCCCCGGGCUACGAUGGAACAAAAUGUGAAGACUUUUGCCCUGUGAAUACUUUUGGAGAGAACUGCACUGGCCUAUGCAGCUCUCAGUGUCGUCCCUUUGAGACCAAUCAGACAACAUGUCACCACGUGACAGGGGCGUGCUUCCUGGGAUGUGAAGAGGGUUACACGGGAUACCAAUGUAACGAUGAGGUGGACACCAGCAGGUUCUUACUGAACACGGGUCUGCUGAUCAACUUACUGUUUCUGCUAUUUCUGUCCGUAUUUCUACUGGCAUUUUGGUUUACGUGGUCCAGAAAACACAGGGGAAGUAACCUUCGCAAACAAAGCACCGUGACGGACAAUAACUUAUACAACAAGAUGAGCUUCAACAGGAAAGUCUCCGAUCCUUCGUAUGCAGCUUUUCAAAUCCAAGAAACUGAAACUAACCCAGACGUGCCCAAUGUAGAUGAAGACAGACAGAGUAUCUACAUGAACACAACAGAGUCAGCGUUGCAACAUUCCAAUCCGGAAGAGGCUGCAUUGACCAAUGAGAACGCAGAAAACCAUGUUGACGAAGGCGUUUAUGCAAAUUAUAUGGUGUCAGGAAAAGAGAACUCUUAAGUUUUAACAUUGGUUUUGUUGUUGCUUGCACAUGACCGCUUGCUACUAGCAAUCGACCGGUAAAACCCGGCAUUUUGAUCCCGUUAUGUUGCUAAAUAUUAAAAACGAAUAUUUAAAAGAUAUUUUCGGGAAUUAAAAAAAAAUUACGUGUGGGCUUUAAUAAACAACUCAAGGGGCAUAAUACCUUUGUCAUCAAAAUUUGUGUUAAUCCGAUUAUCCUCCCCUUCUUUCACUUUCUGCCAUAAAGUUUUCAUCUAUUUGAUACGAACAGUGAUGGAGGUAUCUACGACCUUUCCCGAUAAAUUAAGCUAAUACUUAAAAUGAAUGGUGUAUUUUAAAAUUUGCUUUGACCUUAACCUUUAACCUCUUCGGGUUGUUCCAAUAAAUACAAAUUUAGAACUCUUUUAACUGUUUUACUUUUGU